AUGCUUUUCAUGCAUUUCUUUCUUUCUUUUUUUCUUUCUUUCUUUCUUUCUUUCUUUCUUUCUAUUCACAUCACUUCUUUCUUUCUUUCUUUCUUUCUUUCUUUCUUUCUUUUAUUUCGUGCUCAUAUCUUCGCAUGGCAUCUAAGUCUUCUCUCUGCUGCACGAUAUGAUGACAGUCAUUUUCAUGACAAACUUUUGUCUUUUCCCGGCUGCAUAAUAUUCAAUAACUUAAGUUAUUCUUCGCUACACCUUGUCCGCGGAACAGUCUGUUCACACCUACCGAUCUAUUUGAACUACUGUUUAUUUCUCUCUCUCUCCCUCCCCUUAUCACUCUACUUUUCAUUUUUAUACGUAUUUCAAUCUUUCUGUCGUUUACAUAUCUGUGACUAUUGUCGUUUCGCAAUCCCUUUUCGUAUUAUCUAUCUGUGCACCUAUCAAACAUUCGAUUCCUUUUUUCAUUCCACGUUAUCUAUCAGUCUACGAAUAUCGGCAUCGAUCUAUUUAGUCAAUCCCUUUUGUCGCCUCUGCAAGUGCCUACUUACACGCCUCUUCACCAUCACCGUCAUUCGCAUUUCUUUCUUAAAACAUCCUUCUUUCCCACUCUCUUUAUCUCGCUUACCUCCUUCCUCUUCUACUCUUCCUACUUUUUACAAUCCCCAUCCUUCCUAA